GGAAAAAAUUACAUUUUAGAAGAAGCAAGUCAAUAUAUUGUUGAAUUACAGAAGAAAUAUGAAGAGCUGUUAUUGGGCGGUGCUACAGAUCCACAAGCUACUGUAAUCAAGGAACUGAAAGCCAAAAAUGAGGCCCUCUUGAAAGAUAACCAUCAUUAUUUGAAUGUAUUACGAAAUUUGAAAGUGACACGUGAUGGUUUACCUAUCAUACCUGAGACACCAAGUGCACCAAGUGCAUCCACGUCUAGAGAACACAGUGAUGAAGGAACACAGGAAGUCACAUCAACCAAUCAGGGCCCUGGAAGUGCAGAUGCAGCCAAUUGUGAUGCAGCAUGUUCUCCAGUGUCCAAUGAGAGUACAGAAAGUGAGCAAGGUGAUAAUUCAUCAGAACACUCCACAGAAACUGUAACCUUUCAUUCUCAAUCUGCAUUGGUUCCUGAUCACACUGUUUCAGCCAGUCAACAAUCUGCAAUUGGAUGUCAAAUACCUGUUGGUGCAAGUAUUUUAACAAGCAAACCUAAUGAUCUAGUGCCAACGACAUUUGUGGCACCUAGUCAAAACCAGAAUUAUGUUACCCAUAUGCAAAUGAAUACACCUGGUGUACCCAUAGCUGCAUCCAAUCAAGUUUCAAAUGUUAUAGGAUACAAUGCACCGGUGGCCAAUCAGAACAUGUUACUGCCAUAUUCAAAUGCAGCACAGAUAAUUGUACACCAGCCAGGGAAUCAGAAUGCAACAAACCCUGGUCUCACCUACUAUAUGCCAAUGCAGAAUCCAACUUUACCAGUUGUACAACAGACCAGUCAAGGUGUAGUCAUGUUUCAACCAGCCAAUUCAGGAUUAGCUGUGAUUCAGCAAGCCAAUCAGAUGGUGGCAGUGACCACAGUGACACAAUGUAUCAAUUUAAAUACUCCUAUUAUGUCAUCUUCAAAUCAAGCGAGUGCAACAUGCACUUCAGUAAGCACCGAUAGACCAUGUGUUCAGAGUGUUGGCAAUGCUACUUCUAAUCCAAUACAGAGUGGGAAGAAACCAUCAAAAUCAAAAUCAAAGUCAAAGAAAUCUACCAAAAGUAAAAAAACUGCUGCCAGUAGUGUGACUGUUAGUACACCAACAACAAGUGUAUGUACUCAUGUAAAUGAACCAGUGACCAAUCUAACUCGACAGAUUGUAAACCCAACAGGUAAUCAGGGAAACCAGGGCCUGGUGAUGAUUCAGCCAGCCAAUCAGGGGUCUCCCGUCAUAUUACAGAAUACCAUGCCCACAGGUACUGUACAGGUCAUGACACCACAAGGCCCAGUCACCGUGCCAACUGCACCACAGAUGGGCAGUUAUUCAUUUCCUGCUGGACAAACACAAAUGCUUCAAACUGUAAUAUCUGGCCAAGUUUCACCUGCUGUAGCACCACAACAGGCUAAUCCAAAUCAGGUGUUUCAAUCAGUUGGCCAUCAACAUAUAAUGAGUCAAAAUAGAAUUGUUCAAAUUGGCAAUCAGAGUUUUGUACAGACAAUUAAUAAACCUUUUAUAGUAGGCACAAAUGGACAGAUUAUUGCCAACCAAGCAGGGUCAGUGGCUCCAUCAGCACAAGCCAUUCCUCAGAUCCAGGUGGCUAAUUCUAAUCAAACGAAGUCAGCAUCUCAUCCCACACCGCAAGCUACUGUUUCAAGUAUUAUCCAAACAACUGGAACUAAUCGCAUGCCUCAAAAUGUGCCUCAUUUUCAAGGAAUGGUGGCUAAUCAGAUGCCUCAGUUCAUACAACAGAUUCACACAACUGCAGCCAAUCAAUUGACUCAGAUGAUACCUCCAGUCCAGGGAACGGCAGCCAAUCAAAUGACACAGAUUAUAACUUCAGGCCAAGCAACAGUAGCCAAUCAAAUGACUCAGAUGAUGCCUCCAGUCCAGGGAACGGCAGCCAAUCAAAUGACUCAGAUGAUAGCUUCCGUCCCAGGAUCUGUAGCCAAUCAAAUGAAUCAGAUGAUGCACCAAAUCACAGGAACUGUAUCAAAUAAUACAACUCUGAUGUCAACCAAUCAGGUGUCUCAAGCUACUGUUCAGAAUUUAGUUUCUCAAAUUCCACUCACGACAGCCAGCCAAACUUUAACAUUGAAUCAAAUUGCAUCCCAUGCUAACCAAAUGCCAGUCACAGCAAACCAAAUACCAUUGUCGCAAGUUAGUACAGCGUCUGCAACAUCUAGCAGCAACCAACUACAAAUACAGUCAUCUACUGCACCAACAACAAAUUUAGCAGAUAAUACCACUCCACAGGUGCAGUCAUCUGCUAUGGCAACAACAACAUCAAAAACUAUUACAGCUAAUAUCAAUCAACUACAUGUGCAGUCAAAUCAAGCUGCUAUUUCACAAGUUACUGGUGCCCAAACAAGAACGGGACAGCAAUUACACAUUUCAACUAAUCCAGUGUCUGCUGUUGUAUCAUCUAGUGUGUUGAUACCAAGCAGUGUAGUGGUCACAGGGCAAGCAGCUGCUUCACCUAAAGACAUUCUAGCAAAGGCAGCAGAGUCAAUUUUUGCAUCAACUAUUGGGCCAGAUAUCUCCCCACCAUUUUCAAUAUCAUCAUUCAGAACUGCCAUGCCCAUUGCUCCAAGAAUACCAAGAAAUCCAGUUAGCACAUCUGGUAACUCAGUCAUGAUGAAUGCAUAUAAUCCUUCUCGAGCAGCUCAGGGAAAUCGGACUUCUGAAGGAGGUAAACCUAAGAAGAAAAGCUCUUCAACAAAACGACCUUCACAAAAGAAAAAGGGAAAAUCUGACUCUUCAAACCAGCCGUGUGUCUCAUCAGGAGGAAGUACUAAAUCAGCAGCAGUGUCAACACCUUCACUUGCACCUGUCACUGCUUCAACUGCAGCCUUAACUACUCAAACAUUUGUAACCUAUUCAAACCAGUCAAAAAAUUGGACAGAAAACCAGCCAUUAGUAUCUAAACCAGUGUCUUCAAUGAACUCACAGGCUACAAGUGGCGAGAAUACAAAAGCAGCUCCUGCUGUAGCUGAUAAUGAGAAUCAAGAUGCAUUUUUUGAAGUAGAACAUAGUGUUAGUGGUAAUUCUAUCUUGACAAGUAGUCUUGUAGCUGCAGGAAUUUUUCCAGUUAGUGCUGUUGAAGACGAAGAAUCCUUAGACGAUGGCUGCAGUGGAAGUUCUUUGAAAGCCUUGGCUGAUAUGAGGGAUUCUAUUGUACAUUUGCCUAGCACUGAGUCAAUUGAAAUGGAUUCUCAUUCUAAUAAGACUAAUGACAAUUCACUACAAAAGGCUACUUCAACUAUGCCUUCAGUAUCAAGGGAGCUAUCAGAGCAUACAACAACACAGACUGUGGCAUCAAAUGCUAAAACUCAACCUUUACUAACCACUGAUGACAGCAACCUUCAGGAUUCCAAACACAAUAGUCCACAGGUUUUAGAGAAAUCAAACCAACCUGUAUUUAUUGUACCCCCAGAUAGCAGAGAUAAAAAUGGAUCCACAAACCAACAAUGUGAGUCUGCAAGAGCAGUUGAUAACAAUUUAUCACAUAACCAUCAAGACAUGGUCCACAUGGCAGUUACAUCCGGAUCACAAAAGAAUACACAGGGUAUCAAUAUGUCUGAAAUAACUAUGACAAAUAUUGCUGGCUGUAGCACUUUGUCCAGCACCCUCCAUAAUGCUAACCCCACUAGUAGCCAUACUAGUUCUUCUCAGCAAACAACUAUGCAUGCAUUGCAGUCAGUCAGAGAUAUUUGCAGGACUACAAAUGUAAGGACAUCUAUCACUUCCAUUUUAUCAUCUGGCAUAGGGAGGACACAUCAUAAUCAUGCAGAGGUACAAACAUCUGUUACUUCAUGCCAAGCUGUCUAUACAACAACUCACAACUCAUCCAGUCCUGCCAUCUUACUUUGUAAUGAAGUUGUAACUACAAUAGCCAAUACCGUGCCAACAUCUGCAGUUCCUCAUCCGAUCCCAUCUGUCAACCCAACAGUAAAUGUACCCAUGCAGCAGUCAUCAUCAUCUAUCAAUCCAACAGUAAAUGUAACCAUGCAGCAGUCAUCAUCACCAUCAUCAUCAUCUGUUAACCCAACAGUAAAUGUAACCAUGCAGCAGUCAUCUCCCUUUACAAUAUCGUCACUUGACAUGUCAGACUCAAUGACUUCAUGUACCUUCGAUUCUACACAACCUUCAGUAGCACCUCUAUCAACUGUGACCUCACUUCCUGCACAUACCCAGCCUGAUGUUUAUGUAAUGCCACAAACUUCAGCAAGUAAAAGCCGGCCUUUGACGGGAACCCAAACAACUAAUACUAGGAGCCAACGCUCAAGGAAAAAGAGUUCCAAUACAUCAUAUAGUGUCCAAAGUCUGAGUCAGAGCACUGUUCCUACCAAGCACACAAUUCCUGUCUCAAAUGCAAACUCCAUGUCUCAGUCAGUUACUAGUACUUCAGUUCAACAACAGAGACAAACUGCUGUUACAGCUAUGAGUACACAGUCAUCUCCCAUGUGGGUUUCAAGGGCAUCAGUCCAGCAGUCAAAUUACAACUUUUCCAUGCCUUCAGUUCAGCCACAAACAUCACCAAUGUCAAUAGCAGUACCAUCAUCUAUGACUGCAUCUUCUCCACUGCCAUCAUCAGUGCAAUCAUCAGUGGCUUCACCUGUGCAAAGUAAAGGCUCUGGUACAGUUGCGAGGAAUUCUGCAUUGUCAUCACAUGCUUAUUCUCCACAUACAAUGUGUGAGAACAACAUGUGGAAAUCACCGUCCCAUCCAUCUGGUGCAAGAGUUGAGACAUCCCAUCCAUCUGGUGCAAGAGUUGAGACAUCCCAUCCAUCUGGUGCAAGAGUUGAGACAUCCCAUUCAUCUGGUGCAAGAGUUGAGACAUCACAUUCAUCUGGUGCAAGAGUUGAGACAUCCCAUCCACCUGGUGCAAGAGUUGAGACAUCCCAUCCAUCUGGUGCAAGAGUUGAGACAUCCCAUCCAUCUGGUGCAAGAGUUGAGACGUCCCAUUCAUCUGGUGCAAGAGUUGAGACAUCACAUCCUUCUGGUGCAAGAGUUGGUAUUAACCAAGCAAUUGGAUAUGCUUCAAGUAAAAGUCCAGUGCAGACCAUGAAACAUAAUUUAGACAAGCAACAACAUCUUGGCAAUACACCAUCACAAGUUAGUCCAAAUGUCAAUAUGAUGAUGCCUUACAGUAAUUCUCAACAACAUCACUUUGUACAACAGCAAGAACAGCAUCAGCAGCAUCGCAGGCAGCAACAUCAACAACAACAAAAUCAGCAGCAGCAGCAACAACAACAACAACAGCAACAACAACAACAACAACAACAACAACAACAACAACAACAGCAGCAGCAGCAGCAACAACAACAGCAACACCAUCAACAAAAGAGGCAGCAGUUUGAUCCCAUGCAGCAAUCCCCACGAAACCACAAUAUUGGCUGUGUUUCAGAUGGGGGCAGCCAAAAUUCUGGAAAUUUUGGCAACACUCAUCGGACACAAAGACUGUCACCUCAAGGCCAUUUGCAUCAGCAACAAAGGAAACAACAACAACAACAGCUCAACCAUCAACGGCCCAGUCAUCACCAACCACAGCUUUCUCAUCAGCAACAUCAGCAGCAGCAACAGCUGCAGCAUCAAAAUCAACAGCAGCUGCAACUUCAACAAUCUCAACAUUCUCAACCACAUUUACAAUCACAACACCAGCAGCAAAAGCAGACACAACCUCUACCAACGCCCCAAAGCCAUUUUCAGAGUGGGCGACAGAGGGAAUCUUUAUCACAGCGACAGCAAGGGCCUUCUGCCAAUGUUGAUAUGUCUCCAAGGUCCCAGGAAAAAGUUGCACAGUAUCCAAGAAGAAACCAACAGGGUCAUUUCCCAACAAACCAACAACACACACCAAUAUCAACAUCUCAAUUUGCACCAAACCCUAAUUUCAGUCAAAGAAACUUAAUAGAAGGAUCAGUUGAUAGCAGGUCACUUACCAGACAGACUAAUGUUUCUGGCAAAACUAGCAGCUGUGUGGGACAAACGUCAGCUGCAAACACAAAUAGCAAAUCGCAGGCACAGAAAAGACAACAUUCUAGAGAAGAACAAGAUAAAACUUCAAAGAGGCUUAAUACAGGAAGAUCACAGAACACUCAACAAAAUAAUAGGCAAGUUUACAGAAGUCAAGUAGAAAGUCAAAGAAGUUCAUCUGCAUCCAGGAACUCUUCAGCUUCAUCACAGAUCAAUAGAAACAGUAAUAAUGUAGACUCAGACAAUAGGGACAAUAUUGGUCUUCAAGAUGCACCGUUAUGGCAUGGAUUUUCACCACAGAGAAAUAUGAACACUGCUAUAGUUCCUGAUAUUAACAAUUCUGCUACACCAUUUCUACCUGGAUUUGGAAAUCCAUCAGGAGCUCAUUCUUCCUAUAACUUACCUAUUCAACCAGUGACAACGUCUAUUGACUCCAAUUUCAUUCCUAGUUUCUCCCCUCCAAGGCAUCUUAGUGGAACUGAUAUGCCCACCUAUUUCCCACCACCUCUACCUAACCACAUUUUGACCAGCCCUCCUCAGCCUUCGAAACCAAACAUUGGACGGGAUGCAGAGAUAAGUGCACCUUUUAACCCCAUGUUUACCCCUCCUAGACCAGCCGGAAUAGGAAUGAAUUUUCAACCUAAUUUUCCUGUUUUUCAAGAGCACCAAUCUGGAUUCAAUAUUGGAAAAACCACUCCUGGAAUGGCAUCUCAAAUUGGAUCAAAUGUCACAGUAACUCCUCAUGUGUCUAACUUCAAUGUUAGUAACAUUUUCCCAGAAAUCACUGGGGCUGGUUCCACAUCACAGACGGAGAGUAUAGGAAUGAACAUUUCCCCAUUACGAUUACAUGGAAAUCCUGGAAUAAACUUAGAUUCAAGUGUUGCAUCUCUCCAUACUAACAAACCUGGACCACCUUUACCACACCCUUCACAGUCAUUCUCCAAUAAUGCCAUGAGUAUUAAUAACUUACUUGGGCCAAGUCAUGAUGAUAGGACUCAGAGACUAGGUUUCAAUAGUACAAUUGGUGGUCCAUUUCAUGGAGCAACUUUUAACAGUGGAAUUCCUCCACUCAAUCUCCAGUAG